ACUCUUCAUAUUUCGGCCAGAGGAGCGCAUGGAUCCGGGUUUACGCGCACUGGCUGCUGCUGUCCUGGAUGCUGAACAGACUCAUCCACAAGACUGGAGCUGCUGCAUCCCACAUUUUGAAAUAGAUCGUUCAGAAAAGCUGCGACUGAGAGAGAGCUUCAACUGAGCAGACAGAGGUUCAGCACGCGGGAGCGGUUGUUUCGUGUAAAUAGUGCGGUGGAGAUGGAGCGGUGGAAAGGCAGAGUGGCCCUGGUGACCGGAGCCUCGGUGGGAAUUGGAGCGGCUGUAGCCCGGGCACUGGUCCAGCAUGGCAUGAGGGUUGUCGGCUGUGCCAGGAAUGUCGACAAAAUAGAGAAACUGGCAGCAGAAUGUCAGAGUGCAGGCUACAGUGGUACCCUUAUCCCAUAUAAGUGUGACCUGUCCAACGAGGAGGAGAUCUUGUCCAUGUUCUCAGCCAUCAAGACGCUGCACAAGGGCGUGGACGUCUGCAUCAACAAUGCUGGCCUGGCCCACAAUGAACCUCUGCUCAGCGGAAAGACAGAAGGCUGGAGGAACAUGAUCGAUGUGAAUGUCUUAGCCUUGUCUAUCUGCACCCGUGAGGCUUACAAAUCCAUGAAGGAGAGGAAUGUGGACGAUGGCCACAUCAUCAAUAUUAACAGUAUGGGAGGACACCGAAUGGUGCCAAGUGCUGAUGAGCAUUUCUACUGUGCCACUAAAUACGCUGUGACUGCUCUGACUGAAGGGAUACGACAGGAGCUUCGAGAAGCAAACACCCACAUCAGAGCCACAUGUAUAUCUCCUGGAAUCGUGGAGACUGAGUUCGCCUUCCGGCACCACAACAGUGAUCCAGAGAAAGCAGCUGCAGUGUACGAGAGCAUCAAAUGUUUGAAAGCAGAAGACAUAGCCAGUGCAGUCACAUUUGUCCUCAGUGCCCCUCCUCACGUCCAGAUUGGAGAUGUGCAGAUGAGGCCAGUAGAGCAGGUGUCAUAGCAGUGAAAGGUGAAGCUUGCAGGAGGAGCAGACAGACAGCAGCCAUGGUGACUCCUUGGCGACCUCUGCUGGGCAAAGGGGGUGGGGGGUAAAACAAAUCAACUACAGCUGUGUUGGGUCUGCUGGACGUAGCCAAGGAGGGCUGGAGCCUUAAGGAGGCUGUGUGAGGAAAUGAAGGGCGUGGACUUUGUAAACCACUACAAACAUACUACUGAACGCAGCGAGCUGGCAUUUUGUGAAUCUUUGGGCUCGGUUCUGUGCUGAGCCGACUCCAAACUACAGUAGGAUCAAAUAAAGAGAGAGCUGCUGCUGUGCUGUGGUCAUCUGCACAGCCGUCACUUCAGAGGGAAGAGUAUGCCAUUGAUUGCACAUGUUUUUUUUUUUCUGUUUUGUUUUUGUAGUUCAUAUGACAUAUCUUUUUGAAAUUAAAUUGAAAGAGUAAUUGCCGUUUAUAAGAAUGACAACUUUUUUUGUUUUAAUUUUUUAAAUAAAGAUUUUAGCUUUUGAUUAUAGAUAGAUGCGGUCUCAUAUUAACUAACUCUAAACAAUACCAACCGUAAGUAACCAUUAGCAGUCUGUCCAUCCUGCCACCUUUACUCACUAUGAUUUCACAAGCAUAUUCAGCUAGCCUUGUUUGGAUCUAUAAACCCCAUAUGAGGGGUCAGGGAAAGUACAGACAUCCCUUGUCUGUGAAGCACAUGGGUUUCCACAACCCACCUUCUUGCCUGUGUAAUUUCCGUUGUUCUGCACUUUGGAUUCAUUCGUGAGGAGUUACAAGAAGGAAACGCUGGCAACUUAUGUAGGGGAUCAAACUAACUCGACAUGCACAUGUAUACCCUAAAGACAUGUACCCUUCUGUUGGAAAUUUCAUAUUAAAUGAGUAAAUAAAAACUUGCCCAGAA